GAAAGGAAAGAACACGUUAAGCAAGUUAAGCUGUCAAUGGAUAAAUUUGUUAAUAUAUCGACAUAAAAAAAAAUAAGUUUAACUGUUGUAAAUCGUGAAUAAAACUAAUCAGGCUCGAUAUACCUGGCUGGUUAUACUUUUAAAAUUUUAAUUAAGAGUGCGCAGUGGUAUCUGCGCAAUUAAUUUUUGCUACUUGCACGGCAUUGGCGUCGUGACUCGUGAGCCACCUGUCACAAUAAUAAUCACUUGUCAUAAUAAUCACAAUGUAUGUAUAAACAAAUAACACCAAUAAAUAAUAACAAAUAUUCUAUCAAUAAAAAAAAUAAACAAUAAAAAUCAGUGUAAAAUAUCAAAUAAGUUAUACCAGAAGCCAAUUACUAGGUACUGGUGAAAUAAUAAAAGGUCAUUCAAAUUUCAACGUUAGUUACAUUCACAUCGUGAAGUACGUGUUGGUAGUACAUGGCUUGAAAAAAAUACAAAUGACUUUAGAGAAUAUAUUUCACGCAAAUAUAGAACCAAAUCGUCGUUCAAAUACAAUUGAUCAAGGUUAUAUAAGACAAGCAUUGUAUGCAUGUAAAACAUCUUGCUUUGGUGAUGAUGAAAAACAAGCUGGUGUUUGUUUGGCAUGUAGUUUUCGUCGUCAUAAAGGCCAUGAAUUCAUUGACCUCUAUACAAAACGUUCAUUUCGUUGUGACUGUGGCGAUUCAAAUUUUGGCAAUAAAAAAUGCAUUCUAGACAAGGCAAAAGCACGAUUGAACAUUGAAAAUAAACACACUCAUAAUGGUAUUGAUGGUAUUUAUUGUAUUUGUUCACGUCUAUAUCCAUAUCGUGAUCCAGAUUCACCAGAAGAAAUAAUAAAUGAUCAAAUGAUGCAGUGUAUUAUUUGUAAAAAUUGGUAUUAUUGAAAACAUCUUAAUUGCAAUAAUGAUAUACCAGAUGAUACAUCAUUAGAAGUAUUAAUAUGUUCUGGUUGUAUGAAAAAAUAUCCAUUUUUAUGACGUUAUGCAACAAAUUAUUCAGCAAAUAAAAGUAUUAAAAAUACAUAUGAUAAUAAAUUCAUCGAUGUAUAAUACAAUAUAAGUAAUAUAUUUCACGCAAAGAUUGAACCAAAUCGUCGUUCAAAUACAAUUGAUCAAUGCUGCCGGAUCUGGUGCUCUUGAACAUAAUUUUUUUUGUCUUUAUCGUCCACUUUUAUCAAAUAAAAUAGUACCUGGUCCAUUACUACUUGUUGUUGCUGUUAUUGAUUCAUCAGUUUUAUAAUUCGGUCAAAUAUUUCCAAAUGUUGUUUAUAAAUUGUGUUAAACAAGCUAAAUCUGAACGUUAUGAGGCAAUACAAAUGAAAAUAAAAUUUAUAACUGAUAAUAAAUUACUUUAUUGUUUUUAAUAAUCAAACCCUAAUUAAUGAUAAUCAUACUUGAUUUUGAAAACUGAGUUACUGAACAACAGUUCAGCUCAACAGCUCACUUAUCGUCUGAGACAAUACAAUUAACAAUAGAACUCAACUGUACCGACAUGAUUUUCAGUCAAAAUGCACAAAAGAAAAUCAUCUGAAAGAGAAAAAGUGUCUUUCGCACUAUGUGUGCAAAAGAAAUUGUGUUACAUAGAUAAUAUGUAUAUUACACGGAGGGAAAAAAAUAUUAGGUUUUACUAAAAAAAAACACUGGAUUUUACUAUGUUUUAUAGUACUGGACUACUGGUGGAUGUUUUGGGAAAUUUAGCAACAUUUAUCAUGUAAACAGUGAGUUUUACUAUGUUUGAGAAUUUUAAUCAGACGUAGUAAGUAUCAUAAUACUCAAUCGUAAAAAUGGCCAUGUUUAAAAUAAAAAGUACUAUGUUGUAUAGUCAAAAAUAUAUUUG